AUGUCGCGAUCCUUCUAUGUCGACUCUCUGAUCAUCAAGGACUCCUCGAGGCCUGCACCCUCCCUACCUGAGCACCAGCACGGCCCGGAUUUCCUCAUCCCCCUGGGCAUGCCAUCGCCCCUGGUCAUGUCAGUUUCGGGGCCAGGCUGCCAGUCGCGCAAGAGCGGCACUUUCUGCGUGUGUCCACUCUGCGUCACCUCCCACCUGCACUCCGCGCGGACGGGCGGCGGCGCAGGCGGCGGCGGGGGAGGAGGAGGCGGUGGUGGUGGCGGCGGCAGCGGGGCAGGCGGCGGGGCUAUCCCCCUGCUCAAGAGCCAGUUUCCCCCUGGCCCCGGGGACGGGCAGUUCUGCCCCCGGAUGAGCCAUGCCCAUCAUCACCACCACCAGCCGCAGCACCACCAUCACCAUCAGCCCCAGCAGCCUGGCUCCGCGGCGGCGGCUGCCGCUGCUGCUGCGGCGGCGGCCGCGGCCGCUGCCCUGGGACACCCCCAACACCACGCACCUGUCUGUGCCGCCACCACCUACAAUGUCACCGACCCCCGAAGGUUCCAUUGCCUCACCAUGGGUGGCUCUGAUACUAGCCAAAUUCAAAACGGCAAGAGGAUGAGGACAGCUUUCACCAGCACUCAGCUCCUGGAGCUGGAAAGGGAAUUCUCUUCAAACAUGUAUCUUUCUCGGCUCCGGAGAAUCGAGAUUGCCACGUACCUCAACCUCUCGGAGAAGCAGGUGAAAAUCUGGUUCCAGAACCGUCGAGUGAAACACAAGAAAGAGGGCAAAGGUUCGCAGAGGAACAGUCACGGGGGCUGCAAGUGCGUCAGUAGCCAAGUUCACUACCCGCGCUCUGAGGACGAAGAGUCCUUAUCCCCUUCCUCCGCCAACGAAGACAAGGAGAUCUCCCCAUUAUGA